CUCCUGUCAGCACUGCUGUUAGAGAAGAAGUCCGAAAGGAGGAGAGAGAGACCUUAAAGUUCUUGUAUGGAUGCGUGGUGACUGAAAGUCUGUUCGCUCCCUCGUUCCUCGCACUUCAGUACUUGACUUCCCAUUAUAUGUCACAACUGCCUCAGCCUUCCUAACGACAUUGGGGCAUUCGGCCUCAACUUGGAGCAUUCAAACAGCAUAGAAGGUCCCAAGGUUCCAGGAAUAUUCCAGCACAACGAUCCUUCGUCCAGAAACCAGCGAUAUUAUCGAUAUGGCGGAACAGAGUCCAUCCAACAGUUCCGAUGCCACUGCGGUGUCCGCUUCCCCUCCCCAGCUGGAUCACAUCUUGCCCCGCCCUCCCAUCAAACGAGCCCGGCCCCAACUAAGCUGUGCACCAUGUCGAUUGGGAAAACUCAAGUGCAAUCGUGAACACCCUGUAUGUGACCAAUGCAUAAAAAGGGCUCGUCACGAUGAGUGCAAAUAUGUCCCGCCUCCUCCUAAAAACAAGCAAGCGCAAAACAUGCGCGGCCGCAUCAGGAACUUGGAGAAUCUCGUCGUAAGUCUUAUGAAUGAAAAAGGUCAGUGCCAGAAAGGCGGUGCGGGGGAAACCACAGAUGAAACCAAAUCGAAGAAAAUAAAAGGAGAAAAUAAAAAUUCCAAAAGCUCGCAGGAUGGGCCUAACGUCGACUCUUUCGGCAAACUCCAUAUAACAAGUGAUGGCUCCGAAACCUAUGUGGGGGCUGGACAUUGGACAAGCUUGCUUCAGGAGAUUGAAGAAGUGAAAGAGAGCUUGGACGAACAAGAAUCCUCGGAAGAGCCUCGGGACGAGGACUGGGACGGUUUCCACACUCGGUCUACCGUGACCUUUGGUAUUCCAAAGCCAGUAACGAAAGCUAUGCUGAUCCAGGAGAUGCCAGUGAAGGACGAGACUGACCGGCUUCUGUCACUCUGGUUCAACAGUGCAGACCCGUUACUCUUCCUUAUACAUGCGCCCACGUUUCAAGAAGAAUAUAAACAAUUUUGGAAAGAUCCUACUGAUACACCUAUCAUGUGGAUUGCCUUGCUAUACUGUAUCAUGGCCAUGGGUAUCAUCGUCGGACCGCGAAACCCAGGCAUGGUUGCGCACACCACAUUAUAUGGCAAUAACAUCGCAUCGAUGUUAAACAAGGCCGACGACAUGUCUCGUGCGAUCAAUCGAUUUCAACAGCUGGCGUCUUCUGCCAUAGUCCUAGCGGACAUGGUCAAGACUCAGUCAUAUAUGCUCGAAACACUGAUGCUCUACUCAUGUUGCGAAUUUCUUCGAAGAGAUGACCUCCAAUCAAAGGUUUGGCUCAUGAAUGGCGUGGCAUUGCGAGUUGCUAUGCGCAUGGGUUACCAUCGGGAUCCAAGUAAUUUCACCAACAUCAGCCCAUUCCACGGAGAGAUGAGGAGACGCAUUUGGCACGUUCUCAACAUGUGGGACACACUGAUAUCUUUCGCUAUCGGACUCCCUACCCUGAUUCGGCGGGUGGAAAGCGACGUUCGCGCACCGAUGAACCUUCAAGACUCUGAUUUAUCUCCCGAUAUGCCCGCUUUACCGCCUGCGCGCCCAGUCACUGAGGUUACUCCGGCCCUUUAUACCAUCUCCAAAUUUCGGAUUUGUUGUGUGUUUGCUGAAGCUGCUGAGUUGUCCCAAAAGAUCACGGCCCCAAGCCAUUCGGAUAUCAUGAUUUUGAAUGAUCGUCUUGAAGAGGCGCAUGCAAAUAUUCCCGAUGUGAUGCGGGUCAAACCCAUGGACGAGUGCAUCACAGAGCAGCCUUUCGUCAUCAUGGGUCGCUUCAAUGUCGAGCUUCUUUACCAGAAGACCAGAAUUGUUUUGCAUCGCAACUAUCUCACAGCUGGUCAAUCUGAUCCUAAAUUCCUUGACUCGCGUAAUAUUUGUCUUAACAGUGCCGAGGCUAUAUUGCAAAGCCAGCAAGUCAUCUAUCAUGCCUGCCAACCUGGAGGGCAAUUGAACAAGGUCUGGUGGUACAUGAGCUCACUGAACACAUACGAUUUUCUGCUUGCUGCUAUGAUACUCUGUCUUGAGCUGAACCAUCUACAGGCAACGAAUCCUUCUUCUCCCCGAGUACGUGAGUUAUUCGGAAUCUUAGAGAAUACGCACACAAUAUGGACAAACUAUCCGAAUCGUUUCCGUGAAGCAUCUCGCGGAGCUGGUGUCUUGAGAGCAAUGCUCCAAAAGACAGCAAAGCAUGUAUCACCCAAACCUGACAAUCAAACAACAUCUUUCAAUGGGUUCGAUCAGUAUACUGGCAAUACUCCUUUAGGCCUCUCGUCGGAAGCCAUGGGGAUGUUAGGCGAAUCACUACCGCCGCAGCACUGGGCUUCAAUGCCCACCUCAGUGGAUUUGUCCAAUAUUCCGUCCGAAAUUGACUGGACGUUGUGGGAUAGUACUAUGCAAGGCCAGAGCAACAUACUCCCGAAUGGAAACUGGGCUUCACCUCCACAUCUAGGCAAUGCUGCUACACAUAGCUGGCUGGAUUUGACAAACAGCAUAGAUACUACAAUGAACCCCGCGCUUGACUUCUCGGACCCAUUCAACUGGUAUCCGUCGGAUGGCUACAUGCCCCCUUCAACGGACAUGGGCAUCGCACCCGGUUCGGGCCAUGCAGACUAG